AAACAAUGUGACGAAUCCAACAAGAUUCCAUUUGAAUAUAUUAUCUCUUAUAAAUUAAUGAGAAUAUACAGUUAAAAUUUCAAAGUUUGACCCAAUUAUUUACGAUGGAAAAAAAAAAUUAGAGACGAAGAGAGUACAACGAAAAAAAGCAAAAAUCACAAGAUUACACUAUAUAAAUAAAAAUAAUAGAGAGUGAGAGAUAGCUUAAGAGAUCCUCGAAUCGAUUCUCAUCUCCACGCUUUGUGGCUCUUUAGACAACAAUAGAACCAAAAAAAAAAAAAAAAAAAAAAAACAUUUCAUUGCAAGUCCUAACGGUUUAUUCCACCGAUUAGUAAAGGCGGUGUGGGUUGAAUACUUAUAUGGUUUGUUGAUAACACCAAAAACCAUCCAACCUGUCGCACCUUCUCCAAUAUUACCUUCAUUCGUGUGACACAUUCAACAAUCAAUAACUUGUUCAGCAAUCCGCCAUUGAUGACCUCAUCAUGCUACCUCUGAAAUCUUCUUCUAUCAGCAAAGAUACCCAGAGGUGGAAUGAGAAUCUAAGUACUCAGGGUAAAAAUAGUUACACUUUCAUCUCAUGAGCUGCUCUAUGCUGAUGGUCAGGUGGCAUUCAUUAUGCGGUGUUUCUGGUGUUAAGUACUUAAAGUUGCUCUGGAAUACUUAACUUGAGGAGUGUUAGCAAGGCCUUAGAAUGAUGAUAGUUUGCUCUCCUAUCAAGACUUGCACCAAAAAUGUGCUUCCUAUUAGUGGGUGUUUUCAAAAGCAGACGAGAGGCCAUGUUCAUAAUAUGGGAUCCCCCACUGCAUCCAGUUCAUGCUGUCUCAUUUUGAAACAAGGAAUCUCCAAAAUAAGAUAUUCUCGAAUUUUUGUCUCCAGACAGUCAUUAUGGUUUUCCAAUUGUAGCUUCCGUGCAUUUCAAUGGAUUCAGUGCAAAUCUGGUGUAUCCAGUAAGAAGGGAUCAUGUCCUUUAUUAACGGCUAAAAGUUCAGCAAAUGCUAGAAAUUCUCAAGAGACAUCAAUUGGUUUCUCAUCCUGGCCUCGAGAUGCUAGUGUAAACAUUUUUGUGCCAAAAAGAAGACUGCUGUCUGAUUUCAAAUUAAAAGUUGGACCAUUUUCUUGGUCAAAGGGAUAUGGUGGUGUUGGUUUGAUUUCUGGAUUACUAGUUUGUUAUUCAGCUUCAAAUCCAGUGCAUGCUGAAGCUUCAGAGGAUACAGGAGACAAAAAGGAAUGCACAAAUCCAUCAACUGACCAUGUUUCCCAUGGAAAGAAAGUGUACACCGAUUAUUCUGUCAUAGGAAUACCUGGAGAUGGAAGAUGUUUAUUUCGUUCUGUUGCUCAUGGGGCUUGUUUAAGGCGUGGCAAACCUGCUCCAAAUGAAGGCCUUCAGAAACAAUUAGCUGAUGAGUUGCGGACUAUGGUUGCAGAUGAAUUUAUUAGAAGGCGACAAGAAACUGAGUGGUUUAUUGAAGGUGAUUUUGACACUUAUGUUUCACAAAUACGGAAGCCACAUGUAUGGGGAGGUGAGCCUGAGUUGCUUAUGCUCUCCCAUGUGUUAAGGAUGCCAAUUACAGUUUAUAUGCGUGAUGACAAAUAUAAUGGACUGAUACCCAUAGCUGAGUAUGGCCAGGAAUAUGGCAAAGACAACCCAAUACAAGUUUUAUAUCAUGGUUAUGGUCAUUAUGAUGCAUUACUAAUACCUGGAAAGAAAGGUACCAAACCUAGGUUGUAGCUUCUUUUCUAUCGACGACUACUAAAGCUGCCAAUUGCAAGACCACAGGCAAGAUGAAAUUAUUUGUCUGUCUGUCGUGGAGCCAUUUAGAUUAACAAAAGAUUUCCUGUAUUGACUUGCUGGUGAUGUAGCAUAUGGAGCUUAAGAUGGGUAGAGUUACAAUCUCCAAGCACUGGUCACUGGUGAGAUAUAUUUAUAUAUUCUUCCUUUAUUUGAAUUAAUUUCGACUACAAAGUACUAUAUGAAAAUUGAGAAUAGAAUUUGGUUUUUAAA